UUGACAAUAUGACAGAAAGAAAUAAUCAUUGAGUCGGUGUUUUCAUAUUUUUCGCAAAUUAAUGAAAAUAUUGCAAUUUCUCGACAUAUAGACUAUAUUCAUUGUAGUUUAUUUAAAAUGCAGUGUCUAUUGCUCUGACUAAAAGGUUAUAAUGUCUACAUCAAGCAAUAUUUCGCAGUCGACUUAUUCCCCAUCAGAACCAGAAACUCCCCAAAGUACUGCACAAAGCAGAAUUCAAAAUUUUGACCAAUCACUGAAUCAUGCUGAUCUUGGACUGAGUAUUGAACAGUCUAUGAAGAGUGCUCAAAAAGAAAUGCAUCAAAAACGAAUUCAAGCCUUGAGAACUGAACUUGAGUAUCUAAAAGCCACUGAAUGGGAAUUUGAGUAUGACAAAGGAUUUGUUCAGUAAUAGACUGAUAUAAUUGGAGUUUUUUAAUAUACAAGAAUAAAAGAAAAAACAAUCAAGAUGGUUUUCUCACUUAUAAAGUCAGUUUAUAAUUAUUUUUUUGCCAAAUCAUCUUUUGAGGAAUAUGAUCGGGAGAUGGAAAUUUAUUUAGCCGAAGAGCUGACAAAACUAGAAUUCGAUGAGGAUGAUGAUAUUGUGCAAAGAACAGAGCCUGAUCAUAAUCCCAGUGAUUGUUUUCAAAGGACUGGAAUAAUAAGUUACAUCAGCGAGAAUGCAAGCUAUGUGCUUAUUGAUGGAAUGUUCUAUUUCAAUAUGGAGGGGUGCUCAAUCCACCUAGGUCUAAACGACAAGGUUGUGUAUUUGUGCUACAAGGAUGCGCAAGAAUCAAUAGUUGUUGUCCGGAUACUACAAAAUCUAGGAGAACAUUGGGGGGACUUUGAAGUUGAUGUUGAUGAGCGUGGUUUUCCAGUUAGAGAGCAUGUUAUUGUAGGUGAAGUAGAAUAUAGACAGGACCGACUGGUGAUUAUAAAAGAUACUGAUCUCACAUUCAGUCUGGACAAGGUGGUUGCAACUUUUGUGCCCGUACAGGGAGACUUAUUAGAGCUGAUGUGCAAAGUAAAGUAUGAUGAAGAUAACCCUUCAGAUGUAUCCACCAACCAGGCACAAGAAGAAGAAUUUAGAGAAGAAAUAGAUUGUUUAAAGGUCAAGAAACAAGUAAGAAAAAGAAGUCAGCUACGAUCUCUAAAUCCAUAUUUAGAUGAGAAAAAUAUCCUCAGGGUGGGCGGUCGUUUGAGACAUGCCAAUUUACCAAACGACGCGAAGAAUCCUAUAAUAUUAGGCAAGACAAACCCUCUAACUAAGUUAAUUGUUGCUAAUGCACAUCAUAAAACACUGCAUGGCGGAGUCCAGUUGAUGCUUUGUUACCUACGUCUCAAAUACUGGAUUGUACGAGCUAAAUCACUGGUCAAACAACAUGUGCACAAAUGCAUGAAGUGUGCUCGUUUCAAUGCAACAACCAAAGCACAAAUAAUGGGUGACUUACCUAUAGAAAGAGUUACGCCUACGAGACCGUUUCUGCACAGUGGUGUGGAUUUCGCAGGACCGUUUCAAACACUAGUGUCUAAAGGCAGAGGAAACAAAACAACUAAAACAUAUAUUGCAAUAUUUAUAUGCAUGUCCACAAAGGCAAUCCACAUAGAAUUAGUGGGAGGUCUUACCUCAGAAGCGUUCAUCGCAGCAUUUAGACGUUUUGUUGCCAGGAGAGGUAAAUGCAGUCAUCUGUGGAGUGACCGAGGUAAAAACUUCGUGGGAGCAGGUAGAGAACUUUAUGAGUUAUGGAAUGAAGCACAGAUGACAACAGAAAUAGCAAAUACACUAACUGCCGAUGGCACUCAAUUCCACUUUAUUCCACCAUACAGCCCGAAUUUCGGAGGAUUGUGGGAAGCAGGCGUUAAAUCAAUAAAAUACCAUCUGAAACGCAUAAUAACUACUAACUUCACGUUUGAGGAAUUGACGACGAUAUUGUGCCAGAUAGAAGCCUGCCUUAACUCACGACCCUUAUGUCCUAUCGAUGAUACUGACUCAGAAAACGUAAAUCCAUUAACUCCUGGACAUUUUUUGAUAGGGGAACCACCUAUAGUGGUACCCUCGCCUGAUUUUCAAGCUGUGAAAAUGCAUAAUUUGACACGUUGGCAACACGCACAGAAGCUCCUGAACGAUUUUUGGCGUCGAUGGCAAGAAGAAUAUCUGACUAGACUUCAGCAGCGUCCUAAAUGGAUGAAGAAGGAGAAAGAAUUUUCAAUAGGCGAUAUUGUGUUGAUAAAGACUGAUAAUCUGCCACCCGGAAAAUGGUUUUUAGGGCGAAUUAUAGAAAAACAUCCAGGCGCAGAUGGUCAUACCAGAUAUUUUUUACAGGCUUUUAUUGAAGUCAUAGAGAGUAACCAAGGUUCCUGCACAUGGAGAGUUCUAAAAAUGGAAAUAACAGAUAAAGCAAAAGUUGUACAAGAAACUAAUGAAGUUGAGGACAUAGAAAAAAAUAGUCUAGAGAUUGAAGCAAAUAAUAACAUAGAGGUGACUUACCCUUUAAAGUUUGACAAUGUCCGUUUCCAUGAGAGGCCUCAAAUAACACUGUCCAUUACGAACAAAAAUAGCCAACCAAUAACCAUGUUCAAGUGGAUGGUACUUUGCAGAAAAAAGGACUCACAAAUAACCAUGUAUCCAGUAUUACCAAAGUACACCAAACUGUAUCCCAACGAACCAUUCAAUAUAACAAUUGAUUGCCAUCCAAAAUUUUAUGGCAAAUCAAAAGAACAUGUGAUAAUUACAUUCAAAGGAUUUAAAGUUGAAAGAUUAAUUGAAAUAAAUGUAUUAAGUGAGUUAUCUUCAAGUGAAGAUGCUAACUUUAAGUUUAAAAGAGAAUGUAACACCAGGACCGGAUUUAAAAGAGGAGAAGUCAAUUACAUACCUGGAAUACGAUUAGCUAAGAAUCCUAACUUUAGAACUGUAAGAAUGGGACAAUAUAAUAUACCAGAGAAAGUUGAGUCUGCUAUUAUGGGCGACAAUGAGAGAUUAACCCGGAAAGACGUUUUACAAAAAAUUGAAUACAGUUUUCCUUGUCUCAUUCAAAAUUUGAAUGUCUCAAACUAUGUGGACAAAUGGCAUACAUUAUUGUACAUGGAAGAAAUUAAAGCAACAAUUAAUGUUAAAAGUUUCAACUUAUCAUCCACGUUUUUACUUAGAAGUCAAGAAUAUCUAAGCCUUGAAAUUAAAAAGUUGGCUGAAAGGAGACCCUCUCUAAUUGUUGGUGACAAGGUUCUAGUUACUGAUAUAUGGGAUGAAAAAUCUUAUACGUACGAAGGCUUUAUCCAUGCUAUUCGAGGAGAUCAAGUACUAUUUAAGUUUAAUCCUAGAUUUCACGAAUCUUACAGAGGAAGUGAUGUUUCUGUAGAAUUUUGUCUUAGCAGAGCUUCAUUCAGAAAAUUACACCACGCCAUCAGCAAGGCCCUCUCGACACUAGGAACGGAUGUCUUGUUCCCCUCCCGCCUAAUAUGGCGCCCAUCCCAAUUACCUUUGGAAAAAAUUAAUAAUUUGCAAUGGUUCAAUCCAAACUUGAACUAUUAUCAAAAAAAGGCUAUAACAAACAUCCUAAUGGGGGAAUGUCGUCCAAUGCCCUAUUGCAUAUAUGGCCCACCAGGCACUGGAAAAACUGUCACUGUUGUAGAAGCUCUAUUACAGAUAAUCACGCUUAUACCUGACAGCAGAAUUUUAGUUGCAACACCGUCAAAUAGUGCUGCAAAUUUGAUCACAGAAAGAUUGUUACAAUACAGAAAAUUGUUUUCAAGUUCUGUUAUCAGACUAAUUGCAAACUAUAUGGUAGAUUCUGAAAACAUUCCAGACGUAGUCAAACCAUACUGUGCAGUUUUAAAUAUAGCUAGAGAAAAUACGUCAAUGUCAAAUCAUGCCAUUGUUGAUAACGGCAUUAAUAUGAAUGUACCGUCAUCCUAUGUGGGGCGAUAUCGAGUUACUAUUGCGACAUGCAAUUGUCUCGGGACGCUUGCGUUGAUGGAGUUACAUAAAGGACAUUAUACACACGUAAUCGUAGAUGAGGCAGGGCAGGCUAUAGAACCCGAAAUUAUGAUCCCCAUGACUUUCGUAAACAAAGAUAGUGGACAAAUUAUUCUGUCUGGUGACCCAAUGCAACUUGGGCCAAUUGUGUUGUCUAGCUAUUGUAAAGAAUACGGUAUGGAUAAAUCAUAUUUGUCUAGACUGCUUGAAACAUUCCCUUAUCAAAAGGACUUUGAUGCCUUCGAAAACGGAUUUAAUGAAAAAUUGGUGACUCGACUGUCUGAAAAUUAUAGAUCUUUACAAGAAGUCAUAAAAUUGCCUAGUGAAAUGUUUUAUGAUGCAUCUUUAGUGUCUAGAAUUGACCGAAAUGCUCCGUUCGUCACGAAAAUUAUCGACGUUGUGUCAGAAAUAUUUGAAAUGCCCGAAGAUUCUAAAGCAGGCGGGAUCUAUGUGCACGGCGUUAAAGGAAAUAAUGCACGAGCAGUGGAUAGUCCUUCCUGGUAUAAUCCCGAAGAAGCUUCUAUGGUCGCAUUGACUGUUUGUAAAUUGUAUAAGAGUAAUAUAUCACCAGAUGAAAUUGGAAUAAUUGCACCCUACGUUGCUCAGAUAAGACAUCUACGGCGUUUAUUUGAGCACAUGCAUUUGGAACGUCCUAAAAUCGGCACCGUUGAAGAAUUCCAGGGUCAAGAAAAGUCACUUAUAAUAAUAUCUACAGUAAGGUCAUCUAGCAACCUUAUUGAAGACGAUCUACAACACUCAUUGGGAUUUGUUCAGAAUCCAAAAAGGUUAAAUGUUGCGCUAACGCGAGCACAGGUAGCAGUGGUGUUGAUUUGCGAUCCAAAUUUGUUGUCACAUGAUCAAAAAUGGAACAAAAUCAUAACUGAAGCCAUCAAGGAAAACAAAUACAUGGGAUGUGGCUUUACUGCUUGUAAGGAGGUAGAAGAAUGAGUCGAAGAAUGAACAUGAAGUUUUCAUGAAUGUUUUUUAUAUUUACUAUCUUUUUUUAAACAAUAGAGUACUUAGUCGCAACUGAUUAUGAUCGCAUGUAUGAUUAGUAGAUGUAUAAAUGUAGAUUUAGAUUUCCUGUGUAGUUUGUACUCCCAUUUUUAUGGGUCCUGCUGUUUAUUCUCAAGUUAAUUAAAAGAAAUUGAAAUGAUAAGUAUGAACCGCUCUUUAGUCCCAUGGUGUAUAUUUAAUAGUUACACGAUGUGUAGACUUGAUUUGAGUACAAGUUAGUUGGGCUCAUCUUGAAUCAAGGUUAUAUUAUUAAACGGUUUUAUUUAGCUUUCCCAUUUUGUUUGUUUGGGUUAUAUUCAUUAAAUCUCAUGACUCUGACUGACUCUCAUUCUAUCAAUCUUGAUGACCGUAUGGUCUAUAAUAGGUACAUAUGCAUCCUUUAUGAUUGAUGAUUGUAAAUCUAAGAUGGCCACCGAUACAAAACAGCGGAUUAUACUCAUGUUUUUUCCACAUCUACCUUCUUAUUGAAUGGACAUCAAAUAGAAGGGCUUUGAUACAAUUAAACCGAUAAAAACCGUCUAACAUCUAUCUAUAUAAAUAAAAAUGAAUUUCCUUUUGUCAGUCUCCCUAAAACUCGAAAACGGCUGGACCGAUUUUGCUAAUUUUUGUUCUUGAAAAUAAAUGUUCGUGGAAGUCCAGGGAAGGUUUAAAAAACGAGAAAAAAGAAAUCCGACGGUGUUCAAUGUUUGCCGCGUCAGCUAGU